UUGGAAGUGUAACAAUAAAUACUUAUAAUUAUAGUAGCCCGCACAGCUGUGCACCCCUCGUAGGCGAAAUGGAACCCUCUUUAAAUUUGUACGCAUGCGCAGAGGGGGACAUUGCAGCACCAUAUCGCCCCACCAGGCACAAAGCGAGUAGCCAACGAUGCUUGAUUCCCGUCGUACGCCAUUACCGCACGCUGAAAGUAAAAAAGUUUAUUUUUUCCAAAUUGUGAAGCAAUUUAAGGCAAUGUCUUAUUUGAGUGUUACGUGAUUAAAGUUACAAGUACAUUGUUUUCAUCAAAAUGCCUAUGUUAGUUGACUCCAAGCACAGAAAUGUGUCAUCAGUAGCGCCGGGCACUGCAUUGUUCAAAAAUGCGCCCGCGACCGCGAAGACGCGACCUCUGGUGGAACCGGUGCUGACGCUGCCCACGCCAUGCUCCGUGUACGAGCCCGGCGGCUCGCGCGGCAGCUCGCUGAGCUCGUCGCCCACCUCGCCCACGCUGCCCAACCUCCCCCUCGCCGUCGACAAGCCCGACAACAACCACGUGCUCGCCGCCGACAUGCACCGCGAGGAGAACCGACUCAAAACCUUCGACAGUUGGCCCCUGACUUUCAUAAGCCCCCAAACUCUCGCCAGCAACGGAUUCUACUACCUCGGCCGCAGCGACGAGGUCCGAUGCGCGUUCUGUAAAGUCGAAAUCAUGCGGUGGGUGGAGGGCGACGACCCCGCUCGAGACCACCAGAAGUGGGCGCCGCAGUGCCCGUUCCUGCGCAAGCAGGCGGCGGCCGGCACGCUGCCCGCCAACCCGCUGGUGGACGGCAGCGGCCAGGACGAGUGCGGCGUGCGCGCGCCGCCCGCCGGCGCCAGCGUGUGCAUGCCGGGCCCCGUGCACCCGCGCUACAACACCGAGGCCGCCCGCCUCCGCACCUUCAAGGACUGGCCCAAGAGCAUGAAGCAGAAGCCCGAGGAGCUCGCCGAGGCCGGCUUCUACUACACCGGCCAGAGCGACAAGACCAAAUGCUUCUACUGCGACGGCGGCCUCAAGGACUGGGAGGAGGACGACGUCCCGUGGGAGCAGCACGCGCGGUGGUUCGACCGGUGCGCGUACGUCCAGCUCGUCAAGGGCCGAGAUUACGUACAGAAGGUCAUAUCGGAGGCGUGCGUCGUCCCCGAAACGAUACCCGCGCCCAAACCGGAGCCGGUCGCCCCUACGAAAAGCGAAGACGAAAAACCGGAAGUGGAAGACUCAAAACUGUGUAAAAUCUGUUACGAGAACGAGCGCAACGUGUGCUUCGUGCCGUGCGGGCACGUGGUGGCGUGCGCCAAGUGCGCGCUGGCCACGGACAAGUGCCCCAUGUGCCGGCGGACGUUCACGAGCGCCGUGCGCCUGUACUACUCGUGAGUGGAGCCCCGCGAGGCUCGGUUCUAGUCAACCGCCACCUGUCGUAGCGGCCGCCUGAAACGCGCCGCGGGCCUAGCUUCCAAGCAUUCUGAGGACGGGUUGCACCACGCUAAUCAUCCAUCUAACUUAUCGACUUUAAAUAUUAGGGUGGCAGUUGUUAUCCCAUCAAACUUUUCGUACGUGCAAAUGUUCGUUCCCCUGGCCUACGUCGGUUUAGUAACAAGACUCUGCAAUAAACUGUUUCCAACAACUGUAUGUAUGUUGCAAUAUUAUAUAAACCUUGUUUGAUUUUAUGAGCAAACUAUGAUAAAGUUAUACGGUUUGGUGCGACCCGUCCUAAGAGUCUACGCGAUAUGCUGUGAUUUUUAAUUUAAAUCGACGGCGGAAGGACGAACGUCUCCGGUCCGACGACGAACCGCUGGCGAAUUGUAAAUGUUGAAUGAUUUUAAAUUAUUUAUUGUAAAAAAUUUUGACAUGUAAAUUCCAAUGUAAAUAACAAUUUUAGCUUAUCAUUUUGUCCCACCAGUUGAAAUGAAAUUCUAUAUGCUAUAAAUGAUGUCGCGUACCUUUCUGAUGUGAAAGUUUGGACUGUCAAAUAAUAUGUUACACCGACUAGUCUCUUGAAAUUACCACCGGGCCCUGUGAAGUACGAUUAGCAAAUCUAAUUAGGGUCUAAUAACAAACCAGUAACUGGUGGUUAUCAAAUAUAAUGUUAAAAGGUGACUUCAUUUAUUGCAUUUAAAAGUGAUUAUUUUAUGUAUGAUUAAUUUGAGACAGUGAUUUUUUUUUGUAAAUCUUUUAUAUAAGUACUCGAUUAUAAAUACCCCUAAUAUUUUCAUUUGGAAACGCUUAUUAAGACUAUUGUUUAAUGAAAAAUAGUUAACCUAUUAUUGUUCCUGUAAAUAUGCUUCUAUUUUGACAAUAAUUUACUAAUUUAUGUCAAAACAGAGUAUUAGGUAGACAUAAUGGUAAGCAAAUAACUAAACAUAUUAUAUUGAAUAAUUUCUUUUCAAUGAUAAAUCGACAUUGUGUUAAUUAUAAAUAGGAAUCUGAGGGACCAAUUUGAAACGCGCAAUACGUAACGUUGCUUCCUCUACAAAAUCCAGAGAGAUGAAUGCAGCUUUCAAAGUUUCGAGUUUCAAAGUGCUCCGUCAUAUAAAUAUUGAAUUUUAGGUAUUUCAUCCAAUUAACAAAGGUAUUUGAACACAAUACCUGAAUGAUCUAAUAUCAGCAUCAGAUUAUACCACAACUUAUAUUUGAAAUUAAAAUCUCAAUAAUGUAUAAUUAUUAAUUUCAAAUUGAAUUCCAGUUGUAAAUACGUAUGUUAGAUAUAAUGUUCUACAUUGCUGGUUAUUUUAUGACAAAAUAAAAAUGUAAAGCAUACGACUUAAAGCUAAAAAUGUAUUUGCAACUGGACAUUAGUCAAUAGAAGAGCACUGAAAAGAUUAAAUUAUUGAGCACUGGUCUCAACCAUUAGAAAAGGUAAGAGUUUUUUUCGUCUUAAUUACGUAUGUUAAUUAAUGUUAUAAUAAAAUUGUUCACUAAAA